UGGCUGACGCUCUCUGAAAAUCCUCCUUUUCUUGUUGUAUUCUGUCAACAUCACAGCUGUCCCUGAAAUCAUUUAAAGCCCUUGCAUUAGAAACGGCUGUGAACUGUUUCAGUUAACACUGACACUUUGUCCCGUUGUUGGUUUUCAGAGGGGCGUUCUCAGUCGUGAGAAGGUGUAUGAAAAUUACGACAGGACAAGAAUAUGCUGCAAAAAUUAUCAACACCAAAAAGCUUUCGGCUAGGGAUCACCAGAAACUGGAAAGGGAAGCUAGAAUCUGUCGCCUCUUGAAGCAUCCCAAUAUUGUGCGACUUCAUGACAGCAUAUCAGAAGAAGGAUUCCAUUACUUAGUCUUUGACUUAGUCACUGGAGGUGAACUGUUUGAAGAUAUAGUUGCAAGAGAAUAUUACAGUGAAGCAGAUGCCAGUCAUUGUAUACAGCAGAUUCUAGAAAGUGUUAAUCAUUGUCACCUAAAUGGCAUAGUACACAGAGACCUGAAGCCUGAGAACUUACUUUUAGCUAGCAAAUCCAAGGGAGCAGCAGUAAAACUGGCAGACUUUGGGUUGGCUAUAGAAGUCCAAGGAGAACAACAAGCUUGGUUUGGCUUUGCUGGUACUCCAGGAUACCUUUCUCCAGAGGUCUUACGAAAAGAUCCCUAUGGAAAACCUGUGGAUAUGUGGGCAUGUGGUGUCAUUCUCUAUAUCCUCUUGGUAGGAUAUCCUCCUUUCUGGGAUGAAGACCAGCACAGACUCUACCAGCAGAUCAAGGCCGGUGCUUACGAUUUUCCAUCACCAGAGUGGGAUACAGUGACUCCUGAAGCAAAAGAUCUUAUCAAUAAAAUGCUUACUAUUAACCCAGCAAAACGUAUCACAGCAUCAGAAGCACUAAAGCAUCCAUGGAUCUGUCAACGUUCUACUGUUGCCUCUAUGAUGCACAGACAAGAGACUGUAGAUUGCUUGAAGAAAUUCAAUGCAAGAAGAAAACUAAAGGGGGCCAUUUUGACAACUAUGCUGGCUACCAGAAAUUUCUCAGCCAAGAGUUUGCUGAAAAAGCCGGAUGGAGUCAAGAAAAGGAAGUCCAGUUCGAGUGUUCAGAUGAUGAUAAACAACAAAACCAACGUGGUAACCAGCCCCAAGGAAAAUAUUCCUACCCCAGCGCUGGAGCCCCAAACUACAGUAAUCCACAACCCUGAUGGAAAUAAGGAAUCAACAGAGAGUUCCAAUACAACCAUUGAAGAUGAAGAUGUGAAAGCUCGUAAGCAAGAGAUUAUCAAGGUUACUGAGCAGUUGAUUGAAGCUAUCAACAAUGGGGACUUUGAAGCUUACACAAAAAUCUGUGAUCCAGGCCUUACAUCUUUUGAACCUGAAGCUUUGGGUAACCUAGUAGAAGGGAUGGACUUUCACAGGUUCUACUUUGAAAAUGCUUUAUCCAAAAGUAAUAAGCCAAUCCACACCAUUAUCCUAAAUCCUCAUGUCCACCUUGUUGGUGAUGAUGCUGCUUGCAUUGCAUAUAUACGACUGACACAAUACAUGGAUGGAAGCGGGAUGCCAAAGACUAUGCAGUCAGAGGAGACGCGGGUCUGGCACCGUCGUGAUGGGAAAUGGCAAAAUGUUCACUUUCACCGUUCAGGGUCACCAACAGUACCUAUCAAUGCCUAGCACAACGGGAUCCCAGUCAUGACUUCGGCCCCUAGAUGCUACGCUAAAAAUAUCAGCGGUGCCGCUCUUGCAUUAUCUGUACCCAACGCACCUGGUUGAUUACCAUCUUGGCCAUCCUGUUCCCUUCAUGCAUGUUUCUGAGUGCAUGAAGCUGUGGAGGUUCUUCAUGUAACACAUUUGUGAUGCACCAUUUUGCUGCAUAUGCCAUCUGUACACUGUUAACAUUUCAAUGAAGCUGAUGUUCCAUGCAAAUAGAAAAUAGCAAGGCAUAAACGUCAAAAAACCAUUUGGUGUACAGCAGUAGAUACAGAAUACAUUUAUCAUUUUUUCUCCGCUUAUGCCAAGUUUUGACAGACGACUUUAAAAACUGUCCCGUUUAUUAAAAAAAAAAAAACAAAAAACAAAAAAAUACCCCCCCCCAAUUCAAUUACCCUCUUUUUUUAAGAACUGUUUUUUGACUCCUCCUUUUUCCCCACGUUCUUGGAUUUUACUUUGGCUCUGGUAGAAAGGGAUAGGAUUUCCACUGACAGCUCUGUUACUGUAAAACAGAUUUUUAUUAUGGCACGUAGAUGGACAAAAUUGCUGAUAAAUGUGGGAAUGAUCAUACCUUGACUUUGUUCCAACUAGUUAUUAGUCCAUAUAAACUGGAAAAAUCUCAUCAUUUGCUGGCUUGGUCAGUUCUGAAUUAACUGUCAAUGAUCUGGCUAAGUCAGCAACUUCUUUUUUUUCUUUGAGUCUUCACCUUUGCUUUCUUACUAUGCUAAUUGAAAAUUUAUAUUGGAUGUUAAAGCAAAAGUAAAAAUUGUGAGGAACUAAGUGAUGAUUGAGAGGCAGGUUUUGAUUAUUGAAAUGGAUAAAGAAAAACAGAUUUUUAUUGCUUUUAGGGUGUCCUGUAAAUUUAAGGAGGCUUUAGAAUAUUUUAAAAUUUUGUUUAAGCUAUAGCCCAGUUGUGUGGUUAGUAUUCUCUAGGAAUAUUAGGCCUUAAAAGCUUAGCAUGAAGAGUUUAUUUACUUUCCAACGUAGCUGUUGCUUUUCUGGGAAAUAUAUUAUGAAUACAUCCGGUUUCUAAUAAAACUAUAGCACUUUACCACAGGUUUAUUUGUUCCCCCUUCCUUUUUCCUUCCCCUUCCCCCCCCCCCCAACUUGCUCUUGGCUUAUUAAAAUCAUUGCACAGUGUGCAAUAUUAAGAACAACAAUUUUCGCAGCAUUACCAAUUUGUUUGGACUUUUUAUUCAUGGCUGCAAAAAUCUGUGCACUGUGCAGGGAAUGCUUUCCUGUCAGUUUAGAACAGAAACCUCCUAACAGGGACUAUUUUUGCUUCCCUUAUGUAUUUGUGAAAGUAUAUUCUUGCAAGCAUUUAGAUUUAUUCCCUUCCAGUUAUAAUAGAAAAAUACAGGGAUUGAUUAUUUCUCUUUUUCAUUUGUUAAUUGUUUUAUUACCAACAGGGCUAACUGUUUUCUGCAGCGCUGUAUACUGCAUGAUAUCUCAAUCAAUGUUCUUUUUAGCAGUUAACAAUUUACAACUCUGCCGCUGGAAGUUUUUAAAAUGGGAAAGCUUCCUAAUUUGUAUAAUUUCACCUUUCUGUAUUGAUUACUGAUCAAAAGCAGUUCUUAAACAUUUUGGUGUUGUUACUAGUGGAUGUAUGGUAGAUGGAUUUAAGCUUCUCUAAUAAUUACUACAUAAUUUUAAACAAUAUAUAUUUAAAAUAAGCAUCUACAAUAAAUGUGUUGAGCCAUAUUAACUUGUCAAUGGGAUCUGUGAAAAAAGUAAUGGCCUCCUUUUUUUUUUUUCUCAUUCAUUUUUAUUUUUUUUGUGAAGCGGCUAUAAGUGGCAUAACUGUAUUUAAAAUUAACGAAUUAGGUGUAGGGUGGUUUUUUAUACAUCUAACACAGCAUGUGGUGUUGAAAUAUUACUGUAGAUCAAGUUUGUCUUCCACACCGAGAUGUGAGGAAAUUGUGAAUUGUUCUCUCCACCACAAUUGAAUUAUACACUUAAUCUUCUGUCAUUUUGGAACACUGCAGUUUACCAUGGGACACAGUGUACAUAUUUCUUGCCAUAAUGGUAAAUGAUGGAUAUAUUUAAGGAUUAAUAAAUUUGUGAUUUCUGCUGA